AUGUUGUUCACAGUGCCAAGCAAGCGGCCAGAUGUUCAUGGAGUAUGUCAAAGCCUGAAAUACCGCACCCUCUUCCCCCGCCCCCACCAAACAUUUUGGCUGAGAAUUCUUCUCGGUAAACCAUUGAUAUUAAAUUUUCCUCGUUCCUUUUUCUUUUCUUUUUAUUUUUUUUUCUUUUUCUUUUCUUUCUUCAUUUUUCUUUCUUUCUUUCUUUUUUUCUCUGUUCAUAUUUAUCUCACUGUUCCUCAUUCUCUUGUCGCAUUUUUCUUUUCUUUUCUUUUUCUUUCUUUCUUUUCUUUCUUUCUUUCUUUCUUUCUCCGUUCAUAUUUAUCUCACUCGUUCCUCAUUCUCUUGUCGCAAUUUUUCUUUUCUUUUCUUUUCUUUUCUUUUUUCUUUUUUUCUUUUUUCUUUCUUUUUUUUUCUUUCUUUCUUUCUUUCUUUCUUUCUUUUCUCCGUUCAUAUUUAUCUCACUCGUUCUUCAUUCUCUUGUCGCAUUUUUCUUUUCUUUUCUUUUUCUUUUCUUUCUUUCUUUCUCCGUUCAUAUUUAUCUCACUCGUUCCUCAUUCUCUUGUCGCAUUUUUCUUUUCUUUUCUUUUCUUUUCUUUUCUUUUUCUUUCUUUCUUUCUUUCUUUCUUUCUUUCUUUCUUUCUCCGUUCAUAUUUAUCUCACUCGUUCCUCAUUCUCUUGUCGCAUUUUUUUUUUUUUUUCUUUUUUUCUUUUUUCUUUCUUUCUUUCUUUUUCUCUGUUCAUAUUUAUCUCACUUGUUCCUCAUUCACUUGUCGCAUUUUUCUUUUCUUUUCUUUUUCUUUCUUCCUCUCUUUCUUUCUUUCUAAAUUUCUAUCUUUCCCUUUUUACUCACCCGUUUCUUAUUCUCUUGUCACACCAAUCUUUUCUUUCUUCUUUUUCUUUCUUUCUUUCUUUCUUUCUUCCUUUCUUUCUUUCUUUCUUUUUUUCUCCGUUCAUAUUUAUCUCACUCGUUCCUCAUUCUCUUGUCGCAUUUUUCUUUUCUUUUCUUUUCUUUUCUUUUCUUUUUCUUUUCUUUUCUUUCUUUUCUUUCUUUCUUUCUUUCUUUCUUUCUUUCUCCGUUCAUAUUUAUCUCACUCGUUCCUCAUUCUCUUGUCGCAUUUUUCUUUUCUUUUCUUUUUCUUUCUUUCUUUUUUUCUUUCUUUCUUUCUUUCUUUCUUUCUUUCUCCGUUCAUAUUUAUCUCACUUCCUUCUCAUUCUCUUUGUCGCAUUUUUUUUCUUUUCUUUCUUUUUUUUUUUCUUUCUUUUUCUUUUUUUUUCUUUUCUUUUUUUUUCUUUCUUUCUUUUUCUUUCUUUCUCCGUUCAUAUUUAUCUUUCUGUUCCUCAUUCUUGUCGCAUUUUUCUUUUCUUUCUUUUCUCGUUUCUUUUUUUCUUCUUUCUUUUCUCUUUUCAUAUUUAUCUCACUCUGUUCUUCAUUCUCUGUCGUAUUUUUCUUUUUCUUUUCUUUUCUUUCUUUUCUUUUCUUUCUUUCUUCUUCUUUCUUUUUCUUUUUCUUCUUUUUCUUUCUUCUUUUUUUUUUCUUUUUCUUUCUCCGUUCAUAUUAUUCACUUGUUUUCAUUCUCUUUCGCAUUUUUUUUCUUUUCUUUUCUUUCUUUCUUUCUUUCUUUCUUUCUCUGUUCAUAUUUAUUCUCACUCGUUCCUUUGUCGCAUUUUUUUCUUCUCUUUUCUUUUUUUUUCUUUUUUUUUUUUUCUUUUCUUUCUUUCUUUUUCUUUCUUCUCCGUUCAUAUUUAUCGUUUCAUUCUCUUGUCGCAUUUUUCUUUUCUUUUUUUUCUUUUCUUUUUCUUUUUUUUCUUUUCUUUUAUUUUCUUUUUUCUCCGUUCAUAUUUAUCUUUUCUUCAGCCCCUUCUUUCGCAUUUUUUCUUUUCUUUUUCUUUUCUUUUUUUUUUUCUUUUUUCUUUCUUCUUUCUUUUCUUUCUUUCCUUUCUUUUCUUUCUCCGUUCAUAUUUUAUCUUUUCCCUCAUUCUCUUGUCUUUUUCUUUUCUUUUCUUUCUUUUUUUUAUUUUCUUUCUUUCUUUUUUCUUUCUUCUUUCUUUCUUUCAUUUCUUCUCCGCAUUUUAUCUUUUCUUUCUUUUCUUUUCCACCAACCAUUAGUCUAUGAAGUCAGCUACAAUCUGAAGAAGAAUCAAAGGAAGAACUUAAUCUAUCGAGGGCUGAACACAUUGAAUGCCACUCUGAAAUUUAUGCUUCCAGCUGGAAAUGCUGAAAAUGGAGACAAAGUGUUCGUCUACAUUGCUGUGAUGGAUAACUUAGGUGCACGUACAUCUGUGUGUUAUAUUCGGUAA